AUGGCUGUUGCAUUAGGCCUAAUGCCACGGAAUUUGACGCCUAAUGCAACUGAUUUGGGGGUUGCAAUAGGUUUUCGUGGUGAAAAAACUCCUAACAAUGUUUUUGGCAACAAUGUGACAUUAGCAUUUUCAGAUGUAUUCCCAGUCUUUAAUGGUUUAAGUAUAUCGAUGGUCAGGUUAGAUUUUACAGUAGGAGGAGUAAUCCCAGUAUACUCCCAUCAUACGUCAGAAGUUCUUAUUUUGGUAAAAGGUUCAAUCAUUGUUGGAUUUAUUGAUACCAACAACACUGCAUACUAUAAAAAAUUAGAGGUUGGUGAUGUCAUGGUUUUCCCGCAAGCCAUGCUUCACUUCCAAAUCAACGUUGGUAAAAUCCGGCUACCGCAUUUGUUGGAAAAUCCAGAACUACAACUCACUCCUAUCUCCUUAUUUGCUGGAAAUUUACCGGCCGAUAUUGCCUAG